AUGGUAGAUGCAGCUGUGGGCGGCAUUUUAAUGGCUAAAACAGCAGAGGUUACCUAUGCUUUAUUGGAUGACAUAGCCACCAACACACUAACAGAUCAGGUUACAUCACUCACAAAUCAGAUAGUCACGCUUACUACUCAAGAAAAUCGACAAAAGGUAGAUUCAGUCAUGAGUACUUCUUCAUCACACCAAGAGACAGAGGUUGCAAACGAGCAGGCCCAAUAUGUCAACAGUAGAAACUACAGUCAAAGAGGAAGCUACCGAGCUAAUCACUAUCAUCCAGGGCUGAGGAAUCACGAGAACUUGUCAUAUGGCAACAAUAGAAACACACUUCAACCUCUACCCGAAUUCAACACUCAAAAUUCUGAAGGGAAACCAUCAUUGGAAGACAUCCUUGGGACAUUCAUUUCUGAGACAAGAUCACGCUUCAACAAAGAUAAAUCACAGUUGGAUAAUAUUGAAACACAUUUGGCAACCUCAAAGGAACACUGUAAGGCCAUUGUAUUAAGGAGUGGCAAGCAAGGUGGAGAAUGUGAACCCACCGAAGAUAGCAACCCCACACCCGAUAAGGAGAAAGAACAAGUCGUAGAAGAGCAAGAAAAGCAGGCCAAAGGAGCAAAUAAGGCUCACAUACCGUACUCAAUAUCCUUCCCUAACAACCCACCAAUUCUCACACCACCACUUCCAUUUCCACAACAUGCUUUGGAACAAAUGCCAAAUUACGCAAAGUUUAUGAAGGAGGUGAUGUCAAAGAAGGGAAAAUUAGAGGAAUAUGAAACAGUAAAAUUAACAGAAGAAUGCAGCGCUAUCCUUCAAAAGAAACUUCCUCAGAAGAGAAAAGAUCCGAGCAAUUUCACUAUUCCAUGCACCAUUGGAAGCUCUUCCUUUGAAAAGGCCAUCUGUGAUAUAGGAGCAAGCACCAACCUAAUACCGUUAUUAGUAUUCAAGAAGUUAGGCCUUGGGGAAGUCAAGCCAACAACAGUAACUCUACAACUGGCUGAUAAGUCCCUUACUUACCCACGAGGUAUUAUUGAAGACGUAUAUGGAAGAAGAUCAGGAAAUCCCACUGAUUUUAGGCAAACCAUUUUUAGCAACUGGAAGGGCAUAAUUGAUGUGCAAGGAGGACAUUUGACAUUGAGAGUGAAUCAAGAAGAGAUGAGGUCCAACAUCUACCAAGCAAUGAAGUACUUGGAUGACACUAACACAUGCCACAGGAUUGACUUCAUUGAUUCUGCUGUGAGCAAUGAGAAAUUAUAUAUUGAGGAUCCCUUGGAGCAGUGUAUGAUGUUUAGUUCAACAAAGGAUGACAUCAGCUCUUCUGGAUAA